UGACUGCGCAGGGAGGGGUUGUGAGGUGUUCAAGAUGGCGGCGCCCUGUGGCGUGCAGUUGCUCUAACAGUGGUGCCUGGAGACUGUAUUGACAGGCGGCCCAGGGACCCCUCCAGGCUGGACAGGACACGGGACGCCUUGAGAGUGACAUCUAAGAGUCCUUCCCCUCUCCCUAGACUGUUUCAGAGACACCCGCUUCCAAACCCUCCAUACCACCAUGUCCAGGGAACAGCUCAACAUGGGGGACCUGCUUCCUCUGCUGGAGACCUCUGACCUCCGCCAGCUGGAUGAAAUCAAGGGCCUUAUCAAUGAACACCUCAACACAGAUCGAGGGUCCGUGCUGCUGAAUGGCUUGGUGGACUAUUUCCUGGAGACCAACUCCGCCCAGGCAGUGCACAUCCUGUCCUCAGUGAGGGAGCCACACGAUAAGCACCUUUUUGAUAAAAUUAAUGAAUGCAUGGCUAAAGCCCCCUGUCGCCUGCCCACUCUCACUCUACUGGGGCACGUUGUCCGUAAGCAGCCGUCUUGGAUCCACAAGAUCACUCGCUAUCCGCUGCUGCUAUCUCUCCUCAAAUGCCUCAAGACAGACACAGAUGUUGUGGUUCUGAUAACUGGAGUCCUGGUGCUCAUCACACUAUUACCCAUGAUUCCCCAAGCUGGCAAGCAGCAUCUCUAUGAAUUUUUUGAUAUCUUUGGCCGUCUGGCUUCUUGGAACCUGAGAAACCUAGGACAUGUCCCGGAGGUUUAUCUCAUUCACCUGCAUGCAAGCGUCUACUCACUCUUCCACCGGCUGUAUGGGAUGUAUCCCUGCAAUUUUGUGUCUUACUUGCGCUCCCAUUACAGCAUGAAGGAGAACAUGGACACUUUUGAGGAGGUGGUCAAGCCCAUGCUUGAACAUGUCAGAAUCCAUCCCGAAUUAGUGACCGGAACCAAGGACCAUGAACUAGAUCCCAGCCGGUGGAAGAAAUUUGAAAUCCACGAUAUCGUUAUUGAGUGUGCCAAAGUCUCUCUGGACCCGAAGGAGGCGUCCUGUGAAGAGGGCUAUGCCAGCAUGCCUGAGCAUUUCUGUGCUCAUCUACAACAACGUCCGGCUGAUUGCACUGCCAGCCCUUACGGCGACUUCCACAGUAGCUGCGGAAGUUCUUCCUCGACUCAUUUCUCCACCCCUCGUCAGCCUGUCAUCCCUCCCUUGGCCCUGUCAUCUUUCUCAGGGACUCAGCUGCCCUAUCGCAGCCCCACUGGAACCCGUUGGCAGAACUCCAGCUGUGAAUUUAAUGCCACAUAUGGCUUUAAGGAUUCCCUCUGGAGCCCCUCCUCCCAGUGUGGCAUGGCCACGCCCCCUUCCUCCUGUGGGAUGUCACCGAACCCGGAACUGUCCCAGAGUGCCUCUCACCUACCAACCCGCCUCUACAGCACACCUGGUGGUAAAGGCACCCCGUCCUCUAGCACCCCUGCGGCCGCCUCACCUCCUCCUAGCCUCUCCGAUGAGUUUUCCCCUGUGUCUCUGCUUCGCAGUACGGCCAGUCCGCCAUGCAAGGAUGGUAGACCUUUAGACCACACCAAACCCGUCUUGGUCAGACAGGAGCCGGUCAGACAGGAGCCAGACAGAGAGCUCGAGAAAACUGGACCUGAAACGAUCAAUCACAGAGAUGGGAGAGGUGAGAACAUGCCCAUGACCCUGACCGAGCUCUCUGUGUACAUGAAGGAGCAAGAACAACUGAGGAUCGAGAAAGAGCGGGAGGACGCUGCCAUCACAGAGGAGCUUCUGAAGUUAACAGAGGAAAAGCGGGAUUUAGCUGGCCUUCGUGGCUUUGACUCUCCAUUCUUCAGCACCACAGAGACCCUGACCGGAGCGCAAGAGAAACCCCUGCCCUCUUCUAUCCUGGGCAGCUCGAUUAGAGACCCUCACAACACGAUCUCCACACCCGACAAGACCGAGAUCACGCCCAUUCCAAAGGGUGCCGCGACUAAAAAAAGGGUUCUGUGUGGAAAGGCUUCUUCUGCCAGAAAAGCUGUGUGUCCGAAAUUAUUGCCACUGACCUUGUUGAUCCUGUGUUUUCUCCCUUCCUUUUCUUCCAACAUUUCCGCAAUCGCUCUCAGAUUGCCCCUGCCAAGUAAGUCAGCUGACUGGACACACUUUGGAGGUUCUGUUCCUCUGGACGAGCUGCACACACUGCGCAGUCAGCUGCUUCUGUUACACAACCAGCUCCUGUACGAGCGCUACAAGCGAGAGCAGCACGCCGUACGCAACAGACGUCUGCUUCGCCGUAUCAUCAAUGCCACCACGCUGGAGGAGCAGAAUAACGCCAUGAAGGACCAGCUGAACCUGCAGAGUGUGGAUAUCAUGUCUUUGAGAGAGAGCCUGCAGGUAGAGCAGCAGAGAUACCGGCAGCUCUGGGACGACCGAGAGACUGUAGUUACACGCCUGCACAGCCAGAUACGCCAACUACAACAGGCCAGAGAUGACUACUACACCAAAAACCAGGAGUUAGAGAGUAAACUACAGGAAUGCCAGAAGCGUAUAGGUGAGAUGGAGGCGGAGCUUCAGAAGGCAAACAACAAGGUGUGCCACACGGGACACCUGCUGAACCAGCUCACUGCCAAGUUGUCAUCGAGUGAAAGUAUACAGCAGCAGUUGAGUUUUCUAAAUAAGCAGCUGCUGCUGCUAGGAGAAGCCCAUAAACUGUGUGUUCAGGAGCUGCAUCAGGCCGGACCAGAUACUAGCAAGGAGGUGCAGAUGCUGCAGACAUCCUGGGGGAAGGAGACGGAGCGUCUAAAGCAGAAUCUGUUACUUCAGAGCCAAAAGCUGGAUGCUGCUCAGCAGCGAGUGGCAGAGCUGGAGACUCAACUUGCUAAAAAAGAGCACCUAAUUGCAGAACAAAAGAAGUUUCUAGAAGAUGUCAAGGCUCAGGCUAAAGGGGAACUGCAGGCCUCUGAGAGCAGAUAUCAGGCACAGAGGCGGGUAACCCUGGCUCUGCAGACUGAGCUUCUGCAGCUCUACAGCAGGCUGGAAACAGAAGACUCCUCUGCCACUGCUUCAGCCUUACCGGCAGAGGGCGCCACUGAACCCCGCGGUUCCACCGAUCCCAGUGUCAUAGUGGUGGAUGGUGCAGUAAAAACAGCCACCAAAGAAGACAGCAAGUCACCUCAGUCUCCACGUGGCAAUGGCAGCACUUUAUCGCCAGCGCAGCCCAUGGCCAGCUCUUCCCCGGCCAACUCCGUAAACGGCAAUCGAGACACUCCCCCACCUUUUCUAGUGGAACCGCCCCCUCACCGUCCUCAUUCCCCGCUGGGACCCCCAGGACCUUUGGUCCCUUCUGACACCCCACUCACUGUAGGCUCCUACCCCUGCACCAAGAGCUUUCUGGGUAUGCGUGCAAGAGAGCUAUUCCGCAACAAAAGCGAGAGCCAGUGCGAUGAGGAUGAAGCCCCGCCUCCGCGUCUCACUGGCCUAUCACAGGGCCUGAAAACUGAGCUCUGCGUGGAGCCGACAACGAAGAGUACAUCCAGCUCCACUGCUGCGCAGAGCUUCACACUCAUCACAUCUGCUAAAGAAACCCAACCUGAUGCUCAGAGAGCCAAAAACCGAGACACGUUCGGCUCAAGAUGCACAGAGAGGCCCAGGCAGCAGCCGUUUAGGAUCAUGGACUAUAACGAAAGUCAUCAGGAGCACAGUUAAAGUUAUGGAAAAAUGGUGAAAGAGAGAGAGGUAGAGGAUGGAGAGAUGUGCAAAUUUAGAUUAUUAGAGCAUAAGGCAAGACUCUUUCAAUUUUCAGUGUUAUCUGUCCCAUUUCCACAAGCCGACAACAGGAUUUGGAGCUAAUAAAUCGGUAAAACCCUCACUAAGAUGGGACAAGUGGAAAGAAUAGACUAAACCGACAUAUAUAGAAGUGGUCACAAAAUGUCUUUUAGUAAUCCCACUGCGUUGUUCGCCAGAAAUGUCCCCGCUGCAUCUUUUAUUUGUUGUUUUUUUGCUCAUUUAUCUGCUCCCUUUAACCAAGUAACUGUUGCAGCACGUGGAAACUUUGCAUUUAGGCUGUUAGAAGCAAUAUAAGUUGAUUAAUUUGUAGUAAUGGUACAGUGCUUACACCCUCACAGCUCACCCGCACAGAGCUGAAGUGUGUGCUUGGAUGCCAGGAGGUGGAUGGUCGGUUGGAUGGUUGUCUUGUGCCAAGCAGGAGUCAGUGUUUCUUUUAAAACCAUCAGGUUUAACCUUUCAGACAUGUCAGGUGCAUUUUCAUGUGCUCAAAUCAUGUUUAUCUUUACUAUGUUUCUGUGUGUGUGUGUGUGUGUGUGUAUGUGUAAAAUGUCUGUUUGUGUGUGUAUGUAUGUUGAAAGUGAUGGCCUGUAUCCCAGACUUGAUUCUGGGUUAAAUUGCACUGUAAGUUGUUACUGAUUACGGAAAAAAUCCGUUACACUCUUGGACUAGACUAAAUCUGGAUCCGAGAAAUGAUACAGCCACAACGAGAGGAAGGUUCGACAUGUUUUUUAUAUAUUUUUUAAUUAUUUAUUUUUUUGUCCUCUUCUCUUUAGCUUUUCAAGUAUUACCAGUGCUUUUAAAAGUUAUAAAGCAACGUAAACAAACAACAGCCAUAGAUUCCUGAUCAUUACCCACGACUAGUCAAACCUAUGAAUCCUAUCCUUCAGUAAUCUCUAUAAAACAUCGUAAGUAAAAUCUAGAUGAUCUAGUGGCCAUUUUGAAGACUUAUCCUAAUAAUAAAUAAGUCUAAUAAAUAAGUCAGUCAUAAGUAAAGUAAUUCGCUUUGACGAUGCAGUCGUCCUUCAGUCUCAAGCUCAGUCAUCAUAUUUGCUCAACACUCAGUAGGUAACUGAUAAUGGUAUGGAUGAUCUGUCUUUUACCCUCUCACUUUUACGCACUUCAAUGGAUAUUAUUACUAAGUUUGCUUUCUCGGUGCCAAAUACUCAAUAAGACAGUGACAGUAUUCUGUAGAGCUUAAAUGUACUGGUUUUUGUUCUAUUAUUCAAGCACAUAUAUUCUUAGACUACCACAUAUCAGUUUGUGGGGGUAAAUAUAAGACUUGAUUUUGUCGAGCUGAGAGUAUGUGGACUGUAGCAAUGAGAGCUGUACGAUGCCAAGUAGACGGUGUAAAAUAUCUCCAAAUUUCUACAAAAUGGCCAUGUUGAUAGUCAGACGUCAUUUAGGAAUUGCGGAUGGGGUGGUCAUACUCAAAUUGUUCCCAAAUCCUGUUGUCCCCUUGAAGUCUCUGCUUCCUUCUGCCUUGCUAUCUAGAGCAUGUACAACAAUUCUCUUUUAAUGCCAACAACAGGAACUAUGACUUAACAAGAUACAAGGUACAAUCAGCGUGGAAUGGAAGGAAAGUAUGAAUUCGAGCUCCUUUGCUGGAGAUGAAAGCUCUUGGGUUUGUUUGGGGAGGAAAGGCAGGGUUGGUUGGAAAAGGUUCUUAAAGCAGUUGCUUGUGUUAACUGUGAAUGACAAAAAUAAAAUCGUCUUCAAUGUUUUGC